AUGGAUACCAGAUCGGCACCCUUCCGAAAUGAACAUUUCACCCCAACUCCCAAACCAAGGGAUUUGGAAAUCAAUAGGCUUCCUCCUAGACCACCUCCAAGGAGAUAUCCAUCUCCACCAAUUCCAGCCCCAAGGAAUUUUCCACAGAUGCCAUCAUUUGGCAGGCAACACUUUCAAGCCAAUCCUUUCACCCAAACCAGACCUCAGUACCAGCCUAAUCCAUUCCAGGCACCCCCACGGCCUUGGGCUGCGAAACCAUUACCGAAACCCGAGCCGAUGGAUAUUGACCAGAGUAUGAGAACACACAAUGUGGACUAUGGUAACAGGCCACCAAUGAAUCUUAAAAGAAAUCUCAAAAAGCACGCUCAUCCUAUCGAUACCAUUUUUGAAGAUCGAACAGAAGAUCUCUAUAAUUACGAAUAUGAUUAUUACGACGAUUCAUAUCUAUAUUAUGAUAUGCAAUCACCGGCAGAACCAGAACCUAAAUUAGAUACGCAAGAACAAGAACCGCAGCAAGAUGAGGCUACAGCCACCCAUUUUUUAGAAUGGAACUCAAUAGAUACAGGAGCAAACAUUAACUUAAUCAAUCCAAAACUUGCCUGGGCCUACAAGGACAGCAGGCCGUAUGAUUUCAAUGCCGAAGGCAUCACUAGUGCUAACGACGAGGUAAAAAAGCAAAUCAGCAAACUCCUGGAAGAUGGUAUUAUUCGACCAUCUCGUUCAGCGUGGACGGCAUCAGUAUGGGUUGUACCAAAGAAACCCGAUGCCUCAGGAGAGAAAAAAUUCCGAAUGGUGAUAGACUAUCGGAAGGUGAACGAGAAGACAAUUCCCGAUAAAUAUCCAAUGCCCGAGAUUGGGUAUGUUUUAGAUCAGCUAAAGGGUCAAAAAUACUUGACCACCCUUGAUUUAGCGUCUGGAUUUCACCAGAUUAAAAUGAGGGAGAAAGAUAUCGAGAAAACGGCUUUCGCCAUCAACAACGGGAAAUAUGAGUUCACUCGAAUGCCGUUCGGCUUGAAGAACGCUCCUGCGAUCUUCCAGCGGGCAAUUGACGACGUGCUAAGAGAUCACAUAGGGAAAAUAUGCUAUGUGUACAUCGAUGACGUCAUCGUACUACUACUGCUAUUAUGUAUUCAACCAGACCAACUUCAAUCGACACAAGAUGUGACACUCGACUUGCGGGACGUAGGACGUCAACCAGUCAUGAUCUUCGAUCAAGGCGAGGCACGGAUCAAACUUGAUCACACAUAUUACAUUCAUCACUUCAAUCUAACGACUAUUAGAAUGCAAGUAAAAAGCCUUAGAGAUCAGUUUGAAAACUUUAGCAGAAAUCAAUUUUCCGACUUAAUAAUAGAAAAAUUUAACGAAAUAGAUUUUGCAUUAAAAAGCAUAGACCCUAUCAGACGUCAUAAACGUUGGGAUAGCUUAGGCACAGUUUGGAAAUUUAUAGCUGGCAGUCCAGAUGCCAAUGAUUUGAGAAUCAUCAAUUCUACCAUAAAUAAUUUAAUUAUGAACAAUAAUGAGCAGAUCAGGAUUAACCGUGAGAUAAACCUACAAUUGAAGGAAGCAAUGUUUGAAACGAAAAAGGCAAUCAAUCUGUUUAACACAAGAUCAGCCGAAACUUAUUCCACUAAGAUUUUAUUUCAUUUAAAGUACUUAUCAAAGAAAUUGAACCAGAUAAUUGAUACAAUCUUGUUAGCUAAAUUAGGAAUAGUAAACGAAAAAAUUCUGAGCCAACGUGAAAUCGAUAUUUUAAUCAAUGAUUUAGCUAGGGAAAAUAUAACGGUUCAUACUGCUCUGGAGGCAAUGAAUUAUGCGACGACAUCAGUGGCAACGAACAGUUUGGAAAUUGCACUCAUAAUAAAAAUGCCAAAACUCGACCCGAGAAUAUUCAACAAAAUACGUCUAUACCCAAUCAUUCACAAAAAUAAGCAAAUUCAUAUAGAUCAUCGAUUUUAUCUAACUCACAAAGACGAGAUUUACUCCAUAAACUCAGUCGAACCUACUAUAUUCGACGCAAACGAAAUCAAUUUGGACAAUUCAACCUGCAUACCGAAGCUAUUGAAAGGAGAACAGGCAACUUGUAAUUUUACCACCAACCCAGUUGAAGAAGAAAUUAUCUUUCUAGACAACCAACACUUGUUCAUAAACACUAUGAAAAAUUUCACCCUUUCAUCAAAUUGUGGCCUAACAAACAGAAACCUGACCGGAGCAUUCAUCGUUUUCUUCAGAAAUUGUCAGUUAUACAUCAAUAAUGUUUUAUAUAGCUCAAGAGUGAAAACCUUACCGGGAAACCCAAUACAACUACCCCUAGACGGAAUCGAUGUGAAUAUGCAUCAAGAGAUUCUAAACAUCAGCCUGGACCAUUUACAUAAACUCCAUCUGGAAACGAGGAAGGAGCUGGAUGUUAUCCGGCUAUCAACGAACAGUAUAAAGUGGCCAACAUUAUCCAUUUUCGGGGGAAUUAUGUCCCUACCUAGCUUAAUCGGUAUAGCAUUUCUCCUUAGAUUUCUCAUCCAUAGAUCAGCUACCAUAAACAUACAACCUGCAGCCAGGAUCACAACAGUCGAAGAUCCAGUACCAGACAUCCAACCUAACAUUAGACGUUUGACAAUCAGAGAAGUGAUUCGUACGGAACCUCAUCUCUCAGGAAGGACGAGUUAACGAUGAAGCCACGCGACUCAGGUGCUGCCGUCGAAGUUCCUCGAGACAACCAGCAAAAAUCGCAAUCGCCAAGCUAGGCAUUUUUGUUAGACGACGACAAGGUGCGACCCAAUCGAUGGCAACGUGUGACCGGAUGGAUGGCACCACCGCGAGGAUUGUAGAGUUAGCAGUAUUGAACUGUAGUUAGGGCUAAUUAAUUGAAAUAAAUUCAUUCGAGGUGGAACGGUA